AUGGGGGGAGGAAUGGAGGCAAAUAAGAACAGGUGGAUAGAAGAGUGGGGCACAGCAAGGGAGAACCUUGAGCACAACUUCAGGUGGACCCGCCGCAACUUUGCCCUUGUUGGCCUCUUCGGCAUAGCUCUGCCAGUCCUUGUCUACAAAGGCAUCGUCAAAGAAUUUGAAAGCAAAAAGGAGAAAGAACAAGAGAAAUCUAAAGCUCUUGAAACAAAGGAAAAGGAUGAUAAUAAGGAUGAUGCAGAACAUACCACCAAGAAGGGCGCUUUAGAGAUUUUGCUUGGAGCUGGCUUUGCAGCGAGGACGGGAAAAAGUGUUGGAGGGAGUGGUUGGAGUGCUUUUGGAAAAUUGCUGGAUGAUUCUAUUAAAGGUGGAAACCAUGCUUUACUGUUGGAUAACAAAAAUUGGGGAUGGGUGGAUGUAGUUGAGGGCCUUCCAUUCCAUUUGUGGCAUCGCGAUGUUUUUAAGAGGAUCAGUGAUUGUUGUGGUGGUGUCAUUGAGGUUGAUCGUUAUAAUGACAAUCGCGAAAAUUUGCUCUGGGCUAGAAUUUGGGAUCCAUAA